AAGGAGCUGACCAUGCCUGAAAAAAGGUUUAUUAUGCAGCUCAAAGUAAAGCCUGGAACGGUUCAAGGAGCUAUGCAAUUGACUCAUUUUUUCAUCAGUCUGGUUCUUAAGGGGUUUAAGUAGACUGAGGAGCCACAAGACCUUUUUAAAAUGAAUGCACCCCUGUGGAAAUCAGAAGCCUUGCGUGAGGAUUUAUGUUAAGAACAAGCUUCCAGUUGAAGAUCUAGUGGAGACCAUUUAAAUGAAAAGCAAAUAUUAAGAUUGAAAUUCUGUCAAAUCCCUCUAUCAUUAUCUGUAAUAUGUUUCUUUUUCUGGGUUAACUGAUAUUCUUUAGAAUGAAAUCUUCGUGAUUCAAUAUUCAUACUCUUCUUUUAACAAUACCCUUGAAUGAUUUUUUGUUUUAAAUUACAUUAAAUUUUUUUUUUUUUUUUUUAAUUUGUAUACAUGUUGUGACCUAAUACAGAUGCACACUUUGGUCAUGUUACUGUUUUGAUUUUUGCAUUAAUGGAAAGUAUCAGUUUCAUCCAUUUUAGGAUUUACUUUGAGCUUGAUUAACCACAUUGUAGUUACUCUAUAGAUACAAGAUCAGGUAUGUCUGAUUUAAACCCGUAGUAAAACCAGAAAUGGAUCAAACUGCUAAACAAUUUCAUUCUAAGAUUCUUAAAAGUUGUGCAAAAUGUAUAUGUGCGUCCUUGAGUUUCUUAUGUGAAAUUGACAUCUUGGCACUUAUGGCUAUGGUGCUGUUUCUUUUGUCUGACUUUCCAGAAAUAUACAUCAUCAUGUUAUGUCUCUCCCUGCCCCCCAACAUUACAUCAGUUAUACACAACUGGGCACUCCACCAAGACAAGCGCAGGGAACAUAGUGGUGGAAUUUAAUUGAUUUUAAUCUGCGUCAAACACACACAUCUGUUCUUUUGAUUUAUUUUUUGUUUAUAUAAUUUUUUUUCUUAUUUCACUGGUUUGUGUGUUCAUUUCACCCCUUGGGGAGUUUCUAAGGCUUUGGAGAACCCUAAGUUAUAAUAUAAUGGGAGUUGAUGUAUUGUCCAGAGAAAGACAGUCGUCUAGACUAGUAAAUGUCAUCGGGACAGGCGUGUUAACAGAGCUGGUCUUAAGAUGAUAACAGAACAAACACUGAAAUGAAAGUUGUUUUAAAAUAGUUCUAUAUACAUUUAUUAAAUUUGGUCUUCAGGUAUAAAGUGAGAUGUAUGUUAACACAAUUUCAAAGGCUUGCAUGUUGUUGUGUGUGGGUUUUUAUUUAUUUUAUUUAUUUAUUUUUUCCUCGCAGUACUCCAGACAUUUUUUUAAUCACUAGUGUUGAGUAUGUCACAUUCUUUUCAAUAGCCUGCACUUUGUCUUGUGCUCAUUAAGCAUGUAUGGCAACUCGGAGCAGAUCCAGCGUAAACUGUGUGUGCUAUUAUGGGAAAUCCUGUGUGACCCAGUUCAUCAACACUUUGCGUUUCCUGGGAAACAGACAGCAAAAGCCCCCUUGUGCUCUGACCACCUAAAUGCCUUUGAAGGGAAAGCAAGAUAUUAUAAUCAAAUAAAAUGCAUGAUUGUUUAUAGUAUAUUUAGGUAGCUGGCAAACAGAUACAAAUGAUGGGAAACAAGCUUUCAGGACAUCAAAUGGAUUUCUUCUAGGAACCAAGUACAAAUAAUCCCCCGGAUGUCAUGCUAAAACAGAAAGACCAGAAGGAUGCAGAACUGGACAAGAAGAUCGUGGCAUUAAGAAAAAAGAACGAGGCCUUGAUGAAGAGAUAUCAAGAAGUAGAAGAGGACAAGAAGAGGGCAGAACAGGAGGGAAUGUCUUACACCCCUCGAAAAAAUAAAGCAGAGGACCUGACAAUAACUAUUAAAAAGUCUCCCCAUGAGACCCGAGUUGUGAAGAAAAAGCAGGGGACAGGGUGUCCUCCCAGUCCGAGAGGUGUGAAUGAGCUUGAGGAUGCUGAUGUUAGAGACCUUUUGACUCUGGGUAGAGGGAAGAGGAUGCAGCUGCUGGUGACUAUGGCGAACAAGACAAAGGGUAAAAGAAUUGUAAGUGAGAAACAAGGCCUAAACUGUCCUCCCAGCCCAGGGGGUCUAAAAAACUUCAAUGACGAAGAGGAACACAGACUGUCUAUCGGUAGAGGAAAGCAAAUCCAGCUCACAAAAACACCGAACCACAGAGCAAAGGAGGAAGAGGUAACAAAAAACCUGAAUGACGAAUCUGAAUGGCUUGCACAGUGUAACCCUUAUUAUAAGCAUGGCAGAGGUGAGAAGGGUCCAGGAUGGGGAUUCUCGGACGACCUACAGCUACCUGAAGUGGAAAGUGAUAAGAAAAACCGUGGGAGAGGAAAUGCUCGCAAUAGGGGAGGUUCCAACAUUGGCAAUAUUGCACAGGAAUUCCAGAAACUGAACCUGGACAGGGAGCAACAGGAUGCAAGGUGGCAUGAACCUAAGAGCCCUGCAGACCUGUCUGUACCCACAUCCAGGCAAGAACAAGAGGAGUACAGUCUCUGGAAAAAAGAGCGAGAACAGAUUGACAGAGAACGCGUGGCACGCCACAAGAAUACCAAGGGUGAAUGGAAACGUGCCUGGGAUAUAGAUAAAGCAGAAAACAUGUAUGGAGAACAAUUUCUUGAGGAGGUUGACCAUAGAGUGGGAAGAAAUGCAAGCAAAUUUAGAACAAGAUUUCCCAACCGUGAAGCAAGGUGUGGCAUGCAGCGCAGAGGAGGGAUGGGUUGGAAAGCUGUGCCAACAGUAAGCAGCAAAGCCAAGGGAAAGGACCGGCUGACAGGCAGGGCAAAGAGGUGGGAUUCGAAAGAGGAAGAGGAACAUUUGCAUUCUAUUGAAAAGUUUUCUAAAGACUUCAAGGGAGAGGAAGACCCGGAGGCUUGGGGAGAUCCAGAAGUAGAUGAUAUUCUGCAAGGGUGGCAGCUGAAUACAGACUGUAAGGACCGGGGAGCAUCUGAGAAUGAAUUGUUCCAUGAGAAAACUACAGGCCUUUCCAAUGGUAAAACUCAUAAAGAACAAUUGGUACAAGGAAUACCAAAACCUAAAAAUGGUUUUAGUGAAAACCUACCGGAGUUGGCUUUUGAUAUGGAGGACAGCAACACUGUCCUCAAAGAGGAGGCCAAGGCAAAUGGACGUAUGAUGGAUGGUGAAGCUUUACUACAAACAAGAGGAGGAAAUGUUGGCAGUUCACCUUCUGAAACUUAUGUGGUGGAUGGUGGUUCAACCCAGAAGGCACAUGGCAAAGCUCCUGUAGACACUGAGAUUGUGAAGAUAUUGGAGAAUGAUACUAGAAGUGAAUCCUUAACAGAAGCUCAAGAACAUCCAAAACCACAAAGCUUGCAUGACUGUAAGAUCCAGGACAAUGCUGUCUCAGGUGGUGUGCAAGACCCUGACUUGACAAGCAGCAGAAAGUUGAAUGAGGAAACAGGGGAAGCUCCCGUGUUCACCAGAACUGCAGAAACUGAAAAAGUAAUGCAGAGUUGUGAAUUUGAAAUAGAAGAUCCAGAAGAACCAGGAAAGGAUUGUACUAGUGAUGAUUCACACUUUCACUUGCUUAAGGGUGAGAAACCAGAUGCUAAUAAGAAGAAUAAUACAAGAAGUCCGGAAGCCAGUAUUGUUUCCAGUGUUUUCAUGAUGGGUUCUGACUCUGGAGCUCCACUUACAGCCCUUGAGACAAGCAGUGCCGAGGUAGAAGAACUUGGGAAAGUCUUUUAAGUGAAGAAAUUGAAAACUGCUGUUCUUUAAUGUAAUCUUUUGGUGAAAG